GUGUCUGUGUGACAGCAGGACUUUUCAUUUGGCCCUCACAGGAUCCGCCAUUAGCUUUCUGGAUCUCUGAGAACUUUCUUUGCCGUUUUGGAAGGUUUCCAGCCCUGCAAUCCUGUACCUGUUUUGCGUUCACUAAAUUAGAGGUUGUCUCACACACACACCACCACUGGCUGACAUCACUGUGAUCCCUCCUCCCCACGACCACCAUCACACAUCCCCAAACACUUCCCUCUUCCUUGGAGCAACCAUGGCAUUGUCUUCACGCUUAAAGCUGUGGGAGCAGAAGAUAAAGGAGGAGAACAAACCGGUGGCCACAACUAUCCCACCACCACCACUGUCAGUUCUACCAGGAGGCAUCAUAAAACAGCUCGUCAGAGAUUCAGAGAAGGAGACCAAACAUAAAGAGCCAGAGGUCAAAGAGGUCAAAGAGGAGAGAACACCGAACAAACUGAGCGACAACCUUGUGCAACAGUUCCUUGUCCCAGAUCAAACUCCACCGAUCCUCGAGGCAGAGAUGGCUCUGCGGGCUGAACAGGUCAACAACAACAAACAGAAACGGUCCAACUCUGUCCAAUCGGAUGGCAGGCCCUCAUCUCAGCGCCACAUAAUGACUCCGGAGUCUGACAAUAAACUGGAAAGCAGACAAACUUUAACGCCAGAGCCCCCAAAGCAAAACCAGCAACAGGAAAAGAAGCAAGAAAUCAUCAGCAAGAAGUCACUGCAUCCCGAAUGGAACACGAAGAGGAUAGAGGAUGUUGAGAAGGUGGAAAGAAAUGAGAACGGGAUUGAAGAGAGACAAGUACCUGAGGGAAGACAAGCUGACACAACUGUAAAAGAGCAGGAUAGGAAAGAGGUGAGGGACAUGUGGUAUGAGGUUGGACCAGUGUGGUAUGUUCACAAGGAUGGUUUCACCCACGCCACUCAGCUGAAGCCAGAUGAAGGCACACCUGAACUUCCAGAUGGUCGGGUGAGAGUCCGCCUUGAGACAGACAGGUCGCUCCAUGAUGUCACAGAGUUUGAAGUUGAGAAGUGUAACCCACUAGCGCUGGACCUGUGUGAGGAUCUGAGCGAACUGCAGAGUGUGAAUGAAAGUGGAGUUCUGCACACACUGACCAGUCGAGCUAAAGCCAACAUGCCCCUCACUCAUGCUGGACCCAACCUGAUCAGUUUGUGGCCUCCAAUUCAGACCCACAGCAAGACGCCGAAGUCACGGCGAGGGGAGUCUGUGUGGGACGCCCCUCCUGCUCUGGCUUCACUUGUCAAACGGGUGUAUUUGUCCAUGGUUGGAACCAGGAGGGACCACAGUGUGUGUGCACUGGGACGCAGCGGCACAGGCAAGACCACAACAUGCCAGGCUUUCACACAUGCUCUCCUCAAACAAGCUGGUACAGCUGGAGAGAACAUCAGCGUGGACCGUGUGCAUGCCAUGUUCACCAUCCUGAGGUCUUUCGGCUGUGUGAGCUCCCAGCACAGUGAUGCCUCGUCUCGAUUUGCGAUGGUCUUCUCUCUGGACUUUAACCACGCCGGUCAGGUCUCCGCUGGACACCUGCAGACUAUGAUGCUGGACAAAUGGAAAGUGUGUCAGAUAACUCAGAGCGAAGGCAAUUUCCUGGUCUUCUCUCAGAUGCUGGCAGGACUCAGCACAGAAAUGAGGACAGAACUGCAGCUGCACCAGCUCCCUGAAUCCAACUCUUUUGGUAUGCUGCAGCCCACCAAGGUUGAGGAAAAACAGCGAGCAUCUGUUGCCUUCACCAAGUUGCUGAGUGCCAUGGAAACACUAAGCUUCUCAUCCAGAGAGCAGAAGGCGAUCUGGCAUGUUCUGGCUGCUAUUUACCACCUGGGAGCUGCUGGGGCCUGUAAAGUGGGCAGGAGGCAGUUUGUGAACUUUGACAGUGCUCAGGCAGCCAGCAGCAUCCUCGGAUGUGAGGUGGAGGAGCUGGACACUGCUGUCUUCAAACAUCACCUGCGACAGCUGCUGCAGAAAGCCACCGGAGUCAGCAGAGAAAGGAAUGAGUCUGAAGAGGGUCCCCGUUUAACAGCUUCACAGUGUGUGGAUGGAAUGGCUGCUGGACUCUAUGAAGAGCUCUUCACUACCAUAGUCUCACUCAUCAACAGAGCUCUAAACGGUGAGCAGCUGGCAUUAGCCUCUGUGAUGGUGGUGGAUACCCCAGGCCUGAGGAACCCCAGACACUCUGCUGAAGAGCGAGGUGCCAGCUGGUCCGAGCUGUGUCACAACUACCUGCAAGAGCGGCUGCUGGAGUACUACCACUCACACAACUUCAUACACUCACUGGAGAGAUAUGCACAGGAAGGGAUUCAUGUGGAGUUUGAGUGUCCUGAGAGCAGUUCUUCAGAGGUUGUGUCUGCCAUUGAUCAGUCGCCUCCGCAGGUCCGGGCAGCAGAUGCGGACCCUCGAGGUCUGCUGUGGGUUCUGGAUGAGGAGAUGGUGACACCUGCCUCCUGUGAAAGUGUAGCCCUGGAGAGAGUCUUUCAGUAUUACAGCAACACUGUACGUCAGUGUGAGCAGCCACUGCAGUGCGAGGUGAACCACCUGACAGGCUGUGACCCUGUCCGUUAUGACCUCACCGGGUGGUUCAGUCGGAUCCAGAACAACCCGUCCUCCCUCAAUGCCAUUACUCUGCUCCAAAACUCCACCAUAGAGGUUGUGAAGACCAUGUUCACAUCCAGAAUCUCCCUGCCCCCUCUAUAUCGAGGCCUGGGCGGGUUGGAGGGUAGCAGUCAGCGUGCUCUUCAGAGAAAUGGGACCAUCCGGAAAACCUUCAGUGGCGGGAUGGCAGCAAUACGCAGACACUCCCAGUGUAUAGCUGUGAAGCUGCAGGCUGAUGCUCUGGUGAACCUGAUCCGUCGAGCCAGGCCAGUGUUCCUGCAGUGUGUGAGUGCAAAGUCAAACGGUGGCAGUUUGGAUGUCCCAGCUCUCAAAGCGCAGCUGCACUCCACUCAGAUUCUGUCAGCCCUUCAGCUCUACCGCACAGGUUAUCCAGAACACAUGACAAUCAGUGACUUCAGGUGCCAUUUUCAGGCGUUAUCUCCUCCGAUUAUGAAGCGUUACGCCUCAAUCUUUGUCAGCCACAAUGAGAGAAAGGCGGUGGAGGAGUUGCUGGUUGAGCUGGACGUAGAUAAAAAGAGCAUCGUGGUUGGUGCCAGCAGGGUCUUUAUGAAGAGAGGUAUGCUACAAUACCUGGAGCAGCAGAGGGAUCAGCAGGUCACUGGUUGGCUGGUUUACCUACAGGCCGCCUGUAAAGGACACCUGGGACGUCAGAAGUAUCGCAAGCUCAAGGUGCAACAAAUGGCAGUAAGGUGUCUGCAGAGGAACCUGCGGGUUCUGAAGGUUGUAGCCAAAUGGGGCUGGUGGAAACUCUUCUGCAGGGUGCGUCCAUUACUUGAUGUCAACAUGGACAACGAAAGGCUCAGAGCCAUGGAGGAUGAGGUAUCAGCUCUGAGGCGCCGCCUGGAGAAAUCAGAGAAGGAGAGGAAUGAGCUGAGGCAGACAGCAGACAACCUGGAGACCAAGGUUACAGCUGUGACAUCUGAGCUAAGUGAUGAGCGUUUUCGUGGAGAUGCAGUGGGUCAGGCUCUGGAUGUGGAGAGGACAGAGAGACUUCGACUAGGCAAAGAAAACAAAGACCUUCUGGCUCGACUGGACCAGUUUAAAGUUACCAUGGAAUCCCUUGAGAAGAAGCUGGAGGAGGAGAAGCAGAAAGCUCAAGUUGCUGCAAGUCACAGAGGAGCUGCAACAGAGAGUGAACUCGCCAUGGAGCUGGAUUGCUGCCAGACAGAGGUGGAAUUUGUCCGCAGACGACUGAAACAGACGGAGGAAAAGCUGGGGACUGAGAGGCAGACCAGACAACAGCUCGAUACCAAGGUGGGAACGCUGCAGGCCCAGCUGGAGCAGUCCCGCAGGAGCACUUCAGAUCUAAAACGUCACUGUCGCCGGGUGACCUCCGACCUUCAGGAUGCCAGAGUACUCAGUGACGCUCUGCAGAGUCGCAUGCAUGAACUGGAGCGCAAACAGAGAAGAUUUGAUAAUGAGUUGGCCCAGGCUCUGGAGGAGGCCAACAAUGAGAAAGAGCAAAAGGACAAAGCCUUGCAAGAGAAUUCAGCUCUGGGGACUGAAGUAUUCAACCUGCGCCGCAACCUACAGGACAGCCAGUCAGAGGUGAGUCGUCUGCAGAAGCAGAAGGAGGAGUUGUGCGCUCAGAUCAGAGACCUCAGCCUGCCGGUUGAUCUUGCCUCAGACUCAGUCCCUGACAUGAAGAAACAGAUUCGCCUCCUUGAGAGCCAAGCAAGCGAUAGAGCUGAAGAAAUGACCAAACUCUCUGCUCAAAUUCAGCAGCAGCAGCAGAUCCACAUGCGGUUUGAGAUAGAGAUGGAGAGGAUGAAGCAGAUGCAUCAGAAGGAGUUGGAAGACAAAGACGAAGAGUUGGAAGAUGUCCACAAGUCCUCUCAAAGACGGCUGAAGCAGCUAGAGAUGCAGUUGGAGCAGGAGUAUGAGGAGAAGCAGAUGGUGAUUCAUGAGAAGCAUGACUUGGAGGGACUCAUUGCAACUUUGUGCGAGCAGGUGGGACACAGAGACUUUGAUGUGGAGAGAAAGCUGAGGAGAGACCUGAAAAGAACCCACGCUCUGUUGGCCGAUGCCCAGCUGCUCCUUGCUACGCUCGACAGCUCAGGCCAAAACCUUCCCAACAGCAGCAAAGAUCAAAUAGAACGUCUACAUUUCCAGCUGGAGGAAAGUGAGGCGAGGAGGCUGGAGGCUGAGAACAUGCAGAAGACCCUUUCCAUGGAGCUGGAAAACAACCAGUUGGAACUGGAGAAUAUUUGCAGGCAGAAGAGUGUGGUGGAGGAACAGUUGGCCCUGUUGCAGCAUGAGAAGAUGGAUCUGCUAAAGAGGCUUGAGGAGGACCAGGAAGACCUCAAUGAGCUGAUGAAGAAACACAAGAGUCUUAUUGCACAGUCCUCCAGUGAUAUCUCCCAGAUCAGAGACCUACAAGCUGAGCUAGAGGAGGUGAAGAAACAGAGACAAACUCUCAAAGAGGAGCUCCAGCAGUGUGUGUUGAGGGUGCAGUUCCUGGAGUCGUCCACUGUGGGGCGCAGCAUAGUCAGUAAACAGGAGGCCCGUGUCUGUGACCUGGAAAAUAAAUUAGAGUUUCAAAAGGGGCAAGUCAAAAGGUUUGAGGUGCUGGUGCUGCGUUUGAGGGACAGCGUCGUUCGUCUGGGAGAGGAGCUGGAGCAAAGUGCCCAGGCUGAAGCUCGAGAGAGGGAGAACGCCCGCUACUUCCAGCAGCGUGUGCAGGAGAUGAGGCUGGAGAUGGAGGAACUGAGCCAGAGAGAGCAGGACAGCAGCCGCAGACGCAUGGAGCUGGAAAUGCAGGUGGAGGAGCUUUCUGCCGUCCGACAGACGUUACAAGCUGACCUAGAGACAUCAAUCCGCCGCAUCGUCGAUCUGCAGGCCGCUCUAGAGGAAGUGGAAUCGAGCGAUGACAGCGAGACUGAAAGUGUUCAAACUGCUGUGGAGUCAUUUACUCGAAAAAAAGACCUUGACUCUGUGUCCAGUGUUGGUUCUGUUGGCUCAAAGGACAUCGGACAGGGCAUUCGGUCCCAUAGAGUUGGUUCUCCCUACAGCAGGCAAGACGGCCGUCAGUCUGUCACUGAUACCAUGAGCACCUACAGCUUCCGUUCUUGUUUGGAACCUGAUGACGAGGGCUCCCAGGCAGGAGGUGUUGGUGCCAGACAUCUCAGUCGAGCUCCAUCCUCUUCAGCGUUGUCUGAGCUGCUGGAUGGACUUCGUAAACGCAGAGCAAGCACUGAGAUGACAGACGGAGCUGGUAGCACCGUCUCACUUCCCAUUUAUCAAACGACUGGAGCCUCGACUCUCAGGCGAAGAGCCUCAGCUCUUUCCCUUGGUCCAGCGGAUGUUCAGGAGCCCCGCCCUGGUCCUAGCAUCCUGAAACCAUCAUCUCCUCUCCUGCCACGCUCUGCCAGCUCUCAGUCUGUCAACGACUCAGAGGUAUCUGCAGGUGGAGCCAAGCUCUCUCGCUUUAACUCAAGUAGCUCCAUUGCUUCCCUUCCAUCCCUGCCCCGCCUCUCCUCUUUGACAUCUUCUCUUGCUGCUCGCCAUCCUCCUCCUUCUCUGUCCAUCCCUGAGGAGGACCAAGAUGAACCCCUGUGCUCAGCGACAGCUCCCAUCCAACGUUCUCCGCAGCCACUCCGGCGGUGCAUACUGGAGAGUGUCAUAAACGCAGAUGGAGGUGAGGGAUCUCUGGCGUCAGAACCAAUGGUCUUCCAAAACCGCCGUUUAUCUGGUGGUUGUGAUGACGCGGCCUCAGACAUCCUACCUGCCAUCCGGAGAGCUCAAUCCACCAGCAGCCUGGCCAGCUCAAUCCGAGGAACCAGAAGGGCGCUGAGUGUCCACUUUGGAGAGCUGCCACCUUCCACACGCAGCAGGAAAAGCUCUGAGACGGAGUCCUCCAGCUCAGGGGGUUCAGGAGGAAGCUCGCAGGGUAGCGGGCCUCGACGAAGAUUUGAACGGCCACAAGGAGAAAGACUGGAGGCAGAGGGUAGUGAGGGGGGAGACCUGGCUUCUGUCAUGAAGAAAUACCUGAAGAAGGAGAUUGACUGAUGCUGACGAGCCCCCUCAUGUAUUGGCUUCCAGCUAUGAGCUUCAAAGAGACUGCAGACCACAGGAUGCUGAAUGAAAUGCUUUAGAAGUCAACACAGAUUCUUUGGACCUGUCUUCCGGAUAUUAAAACCACUGAAAAAGCACACUCUGUAUUUUCAAAUAAGUUCUGUUUGUAUAUGAUUAAAAAUGAAUGAAUCAUU